AUGCCCCUAACAACUUCCUACAACGCCAACAUCAGACGAAGCUGCCUGGCUUUGUUCACGCUCUUCCUGUUCGCGGCACACAUCAGCCUGACUUCCGGUCAAAUCGAUUGGGACGACGACGAUGAUCCAGUUUCCACAGUGGCCGUGGAGGCCGUUCUGGGACGAACCGCAUCCUUGCCGUGCGACAUCGAGCCGGAGGCGAAGGACGACCGGGUGUACAUGGUGCUCUGGUUCCGUGAGAGCGCCGGAAAGCCACUUUACAGCUUCGACGUCCGGGGACGACCCUUCGAGAAGGCCCUCUACUGGUCGGACACCAACUCAUUUGGGCCACGUGCGUACUUCGUCACUGGACAGCAGCCGGCCAAGUUAUCGGUGGACAACAUCCAACUGGACGACGAGGGCGUUUAUCGCUGCCGCGUCGACUUUCAGAACUCGCCCACGCGUAAUCAUAGAAUUAACUUAACGGUUAUUGUUCCUCCCCAUCAAAUACUCGUGUACGAUGCCUCCGGACGCGAUGUUGCCGGAGCUGUGGGUCCAUUGCUCGAGGGCGAUAAUAUUGUGUUGACAUGUGAAGUGCGUGGCGGUCGACCCGAGCCGACGGUGAUCUGGCUGAACGGAACACGGACCCUGGAGGCGGGCAGCGGAGUCCCGAUGGGCCGCCAUGUGACCGUGAACCGGCUGGAGGUGCCCCAAAUCUCGCGCUCCGCCCUGAACAACACGUACCGCUGCCAGGCGUCCAACACGAAGCUGGUGGCGCCCGUGGAGCGCAGCAUCCGCAUCGAGAUGUUACUCAAACCCACGUCAGUCAAUUUAACCAAUAAGUUGAAGGUCUUCGCCUCGAACACGCAGUACAAUCUCACCUGUAUUGUGGCCGGCUCUGUUCCGGACACGGAAAUCAAAUGGACGCAGAAUAAUCGCCCCUUCAAACGUGGCCUGUUGUCCACCAGCCAGGGCAACGGCAGAGUCGUGUCCACACUGACGUUCUAUCCACAGCCCGAGGACGACGGUACCAUGCUCAAGUGCGAGGGCUCCAACCCACGGCUCCAGAACUCGGCCAUAGAGGACUCGCUCCUGAUGAAUGUCAUCUAUCCGCCCCAGGUCACCUUGUCGCUGGGCUCCACACUGCGUCCGGACGACAUCAAGGAGGGCGACGACGUCUACUUCGAGUGCCACAUCAAGUCCAAUCCCAAGGAGCAUCGCAUCAUGUGGUCGCACGACGGUCAACCGGUCACCCAGAAUGUGUCCUGGGGCAUCAUCAUAUCCACCCGCUCCCUGGUCCUCCAGCGAGUGGGGCGCAUCCACUCCGGGUUUUACGCCUGCUCGGCGGCCAAUGACCGCGGGGAAACCCAGUCGGCUCCGGUCAACUUGAGGAUUCGAUAUGCGCCCGUCUGCAGCAGCAGCUCCAUCACCGUGAUUGGAGCCUCCUUGGAGGAGGCCGUGCCCAUCCCGUGUCGCGUCAACUCGGACCCGCCCGAAAUCGACUUCGAGUGGACAUUCUCCACCAGCGGCGAGCACUUCGAGGUGCCCUCGGGGCACUACGCCACCAUCCAAGACCCCACCAUGACCACCACCAGCGAUGUGCGGCGCACCGUCGUCGAGUCCAACGAGACGCACUUCGAGAGCUACGUGGAGACCGUCAGCGAGCUGAUCUACACGCCCAAGGGCGAGAGGGACUACGGAACCCUGGCCUGUUACGGCCGGAAUGCCAUCGGAAAGCAGUCGGAUCCAUGUGUGUUCCAGGUGGUGCCAGCAGCCAAGCCGGGGGCACUGCGAAACUGUACACUCCGGCCGUAUGUGGUGACCUCCGCCUCGCUGAACUCAUCGAAUCAGACGACAAUGCACGCCAAUCAGCUGCCCACACAAUACGGCAGACACGAGUCGAAUUACCCGCACAUGGAGUACGUACGUGAGCGCCAUAACAGCAGUGGCAGCAGCAAUGCCACUGCCCGGCACAAUGUGGCCAAUAAAAAUAUGAGGGGCAGGUCCAGCGCCCCUAACAAGCAGCUCACUCCGCAGCAACUACUGCGCCUCAAGAAGCGCACAUCAUUCACACCCUUCGACUUCGAGUUUGAGUUCCAGUUUGAGUUUGGGGCGGAGGAAGCGCCUGGCAGCAAAUGA